GUCAACACAUCCAUCAAAAUCAAAAUUUUCACCAGACGUAAAAGUGCAUCGCCAGUGAUUGUUUCCGUGAAAAUUUUCACAAAAAUCCAAAUUUAGUGCGUGAAUUUUGUGCCUACCGGUGUCAAAUACAGUGCAUUGCCAUGGGCCGGUCACGUUCCCGCAGUCGGACGCCGAAGAAACACAAGAGCAAGCACCGAAAACGGAGCAAAUCCAGAUCGUCUUCCCACAGCAAGCAUGAAUCCCAUCGCAGCGGCGCCUACGACAAAUACAAGGAACGCAGUUCCAAAUCAAGGAAGCGAUCGUUGUCCGAAUCAUCCGGCAGUAGUAGCGAUGACCACCACCGCCGCCAACACCACAGGAAAAAGAGCUCCAAGAGUCACAAGCUGACGUCGGAGGUCGAACGGCUGGCCGAGAUGGAGAGACAACGCAGACAGAAGGAGGCGGAACAGAAGAUGAUCGAGGAGGAAGCCGCCAAGCGGAUCGAGCUACUAGUAAAAAAGCGCGUCGAAGAAGAACUCGAAAAGCGCAAAGAUGAAAUCGAAACGGAAGUGCAGCGGCGGGUCGAGGCUGCCAAAAAGCAAAUGGAGCAGGAGAUGAUGCUCGAGCUGGAGAAACGGCGCGAGCAAGCGCGCGAAGAAGAACGCCGCCGAGAGGAGGAAGAGCUUAAAAAACGUCAAGAGCUCGAAAAUAUUAUCGCCGAAAACAAUCGGAAGAUCGAAGAGGCCCAACGCAAAUUGGCCGAAGACCGACUGGCGAUAAUAGAAGAGCAAAGAAAAAUGGACGAAGAACGUCAAAAAAUGCGCAAAGAGCAGGAAAAACGCGUCAAGGAAGAGCAAAAAAUGAUCCUGGGCAAGAACAAUUCACGGCCCAAACUUUCCUUCUCGUUGAAACCGUAGUUGUUAGGUCUGUAAGUGUGAGUGCACAUAAGUGUUGAACUGCUGAAAAGCAAAACCUAUGCCACGUGUCCUUAGGUUUAGGUCUCUCGGGUGCGUACUAAAGAGACUUGAUGACCAAAAUUCGAACGGUAUCUAUUCAAUAUCGUUACGACUUGAACCCUGGCUCUUUAGCAUGCACGUACAGUGACGGUGAGCAUGCUCACUAGAAAUCGAUUCCACUGUACCCUAUCCGCGGAUACCAGUUUAAAGUAGGUUAACAAUGAUUAAGAAUGAGCAAUGCCGACAGAGUGAUUACCUAACCCUUGCAAAUCUGUCUACAAUCACGUAUCGUGAUUCGUUGUGCGACUGCAUAGUUUGAAGGGAUUUUUCUCCCGUUGAACAGUUCUACGAUCUUCCUGUGGUAGUGGUUAUGUUCAAUUUGCUGUAAAUUCUUUUGUGAUAGCGCUUUUGUUGAAGAUGAUGUCACUUUUUAUUGACUGAAAAUUAUGAAAGACUUACUUAGAUACGACCAUUCAUUAUUAUUGUUCAUCUUCAACGACAGCGAAUCGCAUUUAAAAUAAAAGUGUAGAUACUCUUCUAGGUUAAAUUAUAUUGCUUGAAUUGAACCGUUUCCAUUUGUUUCUACUGAAGGAAUCAAAUAAAUACAAAGUUUUCAGUAAAAACAGCACACAUUGUAACUCACUUUAGUCAUAAGCAUGGUUUUGUGUUAAAAUGGUUGUAAAUUACCUGCGUCUAACCACGACUUAUCGUUUUUGACCCAAAUACAUUUUCUAUGGAAUUUGAAUAGGAUGAUAACAAAAUUUCCACGAAAAAAAUAAUAAAAGUAAAAGUUGUUCAACGCAAACUUUUUAUCAGCACUCAUUUGUCAAAUGAAAAACCAAUAUUGAGAAAUAUAAACAAGCAGUUGUAAAGUUGCAGAGAAUCUUGAUAUAGAAAGCCCUGCCUAUUUUUUGCAAAACCUAAAAUAUGAAACAAUGAAAGUCAACAGAACUCAACUGCUGAACGAAGAGAAGAAAUAAUCGUCAAUCAACAGGGCAGAGUAAAGUUUCGCAAUUUUCCAAACACUGAAUAAAAAUCGUUUGUAAUUGCUACAACA